AUGACAGAGGUGAUCAGUGCAGAGGAGGAGGAGAAGAGCGGUCGAGCCAAAGCUCUGAUGCAGAGAUACAGAGACACAGUCGCCGCCAACGAGAAGCUGCUGGAGCGAGCGACCGCCACGAUGGAGGACGCAGACUCUGUGGCCUUUGUUCAGAGUUCUGCAGACGUCUUGGACAAGGUGAGAGCAGCAGUCGCCUCGUGUCCCUCUGAGACUCUGGAUCCUGAGGACGAGAGUCUGAGUCAUUAUCAGUACGACUUCAGCCGUCAGUACCGGGUCCUGGUCACCCUGGACUUCCAAACGGGUCAGAACACACUGGACUCAGGUCAGAACACACUGGACUCGGGUCAGAACACACUGGACUCGGGUCAGAACACACUGGACUCGGUGUCCAAAAUGACGUGCCCUGACAUGCUGCAGUACCACCCCGGGCCUGUGGGGGUGGACCCUGACAUGCUGCAAUACCACCCCGGGCCUGUGGGGGUGGACCCUGACAUGCUGCAGUACCACCCCGGGCCUGUGGGGGUGGACCCUGACAUGCUGCAGUACCACCCCGUGCCUGUGGGGGUGGACCCUGACAUGCUGCAGUACCACCCCGGGCCUGUGGGGGUGGACCCUGACAUGCUGCAGUACCACCCCAGGCCUGUGGGGGUGGACUCUGACAUGCUGCAGUACCACCCCGGGCCUGUGGGGGUGGACCCGGAAUAA